UUUUACGACGGGGAAUCAUAAAAAGCCUCUGUCUUGAGACUAGUUUUGUGCAUAUUGGGGUUUAUCUUCAGGCAAUCUCUUCUGUGUACAAUGGUGGUUCUAAAAUAUAUUUUCCUUAUUAUCGGACUUGCUUCGACAUGCUACGGCAGGAGUAUUGAUGAUGUAGCUGGGGAUGAAGCUAUGCAAAAUCCUGAUCUUUUUGAAGGUGAUAUAGCUGGAUUUGACCCUCAUACUGAUAGGAAUGCUGUCGUAGAAAAACACAGAGUUUGGCCAAAUGGAAAAAUACCCUAUAUCAUCGAUCCAGCACUAAAGGAAAAGGAACCUCAAAUUAAAGAAGCCAUGAAACACUAUGCAGACAAGACUUGUAUUCGAUUUGUUCCAAGAACUGACGAGAGACAAUACGUCAAGAUUUUCGCCGGAAGAGGGUGCUACUCUCAUGUUGGAAAAACUCUAGGUGAACAGCCUCUGUCUUUAGGAGCAGGAUGUUUCAAGAUGGGAACGCUACUUCACGAGAUGGGUCACACAGUUGGAUUCUUCCAUGAACAUUCUCGAUCAGAUAGAGACGAUUACUUGAACAUUCACUACGAAAACAUUCAAAAAGGAAUGGAGGACCAGUUUGUUAAAUUGAGACCAAAGCAGAACCAACUGUUGUCUCCAUUUGAUUUCGAUUCUGUUAUGUUAUAUGGAGAAACUGUCUUCAGCAAGAGCCAUUACGAUGGAUUAAAAACCAUGACCGCCAAAGAUGGUCGAAAAAUAGUUGACGUCAAUGAUAAGUUUGCCUUGAGUAAGGACGACAUUCUACGGAUCUCUAAAUUGUAUCAGUGCUGAUUGUAUUGUCAAUAUAGUGAUUCUUGAUGUGUGUUGGCAAUAAAUUUCUAUCUUGUGA